AUAGUUGUCAUUAUAGUGACUGUUCAUUAUUUCCUUGUAUACCAACCAGAUCUCGACCCAUUUCGCAGUCCAAAUGGCACAACUGAACCGAACCAGGAAGUGCCGUUCCGGCCAAAUCCAGUUGAUAAAAUGAUUCUUGGUCGUUUAAGGCGUGUACAGAAAAACUGGUGGAACAAUCAGCGUUUGUCUCGUCUUGAGCCAUCAGUGAUUAAGUGUGUGCUUUCUAUGAGUGAUGUGCAGCUGGCAACUAGGAUUGCAAUCCUGAUUAGUGGAUACUCUCAGCUUCACUGUGGUAUCACCUGCUAUCAAUGGAAAAUUGUAGGGCGCUUGGCCUGGUUUUCCAGUUUGACACAUCUUUCUUGCCUGACUUUAUUGAGGAAAUAUCUCCAUAAUCAUCCUUCCGAACGCCAUUGGAGACUGCUAUUCAUGUUUAUUUUGAUUGUCAUGCUUGUUACGGCGAUGGUGCCCACUGGCAACUACGAUUGGAGGCGUUCUUCUUACAAUCCUGAGCCAAAUGACUAUGCCAUUUGCUCCUUUUCAGAAAAAUCGCCAAGGAAUUCACCAGCAAAUCUGUCAAUGAUUGCCUUGGUAUCGUUAAUCAGCCUCGGUUUUGCUAUUCGUGUGAUCAAGCUUCAUGAACUGUCGUCAGUUUCUUUAGUUGGAAGGCCAAGGCAGAGGCUCAGCAAUGUCACCCGGAGGCUCCUAUGGAUUAUAUACAACUGGAGAGAAGAUUCAGCAUUGCUGCUGCGAAGGAUACCUGGAAGGAUAUUUUACUUUCCUGCACUUGCCUUGCUUCUCACCCUGCGUGUUAUCCUGGAUCAUUGGUCUUCUAUGUUUUUUGAGAUGUUUUGGCUUUUAACCAGCUUUUUAUUGGGUGUGAUUACCUUAAUCUCGGAUGUCACCAUAGCAUCGCCCAAGGAUCCUGAUUCAGAGGCCUACAGCUGGAGUUUUGGACAAAUUAUGCCAGUCAUACUAUUGGCAAUACCAUUUAUUACCAUAGUCGAGAAUUUAUAUCCGGAUGAAGCCCCC